AUGUCAAAGACGGAGGUGAAGAAGGAGGAGUGCAGUGAGCCCAGUCCGUCCCAGGCCGCGUGUCUCUGCUCUCCGUCGGUCAAGAACCGGUGCGCCAGCUGCGGAAUGGACAUCCACGACCGCUACCUGCUAAAGGUGAACAACCUGAACUGGCACUUGGGCUGCCUGGAGUGCUCCGUGUGCAGAGCGUCACUGAGGCAGCACAGCAGCUGCUAUGUCAAAAACAAAGAAAUCUACUGCAAACUGGAUUACUUCAGUAGGUUUGGGACCAAGUGUGCGCAGUGCGGUAGGCAGGUGUUUGCUAGUGACUGGGUGCGGAGGGCCCGUGGCAGCGUGUACCACCUGGCCUGCUUCGCCUGUUUCUCCUGUAAACGGCAGCUAUCCACUGGAGAGGAGUUUGGGCUGGUGGAGGGCAGGGUGCUCUGUCGGAAUCACUACGACACCAUGCUGGACAAUCUGCGGCGGGCGGCUGAAAACGGCACAGGUCUUACACUGGAGGGAGCCCUGCCCUCAGAUCAGGAUUGUCAACCUAAACCAGCCAAGAGGGCUCGCACCUCCUUCACCGCCGAGCAGCUACAGGUCAUGCAGACACAGUUUGCUCAAGAUAAUAAUCCCGACGCCCAGGCCCUGCAGAAACUGGCGGAACUGACAGGGCUCAGCAGGAGAGUUAUACAGGUUUGGUUCCAGAACUGCCGAGCGCGACACAAAAAGCUGCCUCCACAGAACAGCUUCUCUCAGGGUGCUCCUCUGACGCGCCUGCCCCCAUCUCUGCCCGACGACAUGCACUACUCUCCAUACAGCAACCCCGACCGGCCACACCUCCUGACUCUGCACGGAUACUUGGACAGUCAUUCUUUCUCUGUGCUCGCUGCCCCUGGACACUUGGCACAUCCUUCCAUCUCGCUGCCACAACUCCCCAUCAGUCGCUGA